AUUUUAGCAAAAUGAUAAGACAGUAAGGAACAGACAAAGUUCUGUUUCUGAGGGUGGAGUGGAACUACAAUUCUACAAUCUAAUCAUGGGUCAUGGCUGCUCAGCUUGAAAGCACUAUGAAAAAUGAGCUCCCAGAGCUAAUAGUUCUAGGCCCACCGGCGGUGUUCUCCGUAUACGGCGGCAAGCUCGCCGAGAAAUUCCGAAUCCUGAAGCCGUGGGAGUCGUCGCUGCCGCUGGAAGAGUUUCUUUCGGACAACGCGAAGUCGGUGGAGGCAUUGCUCUGUAGCACUACUAAACCGGUCUCUGCCUCCGUCCUGAACCGCCUGCCUCGCCUCCGCCUAGUCGUCACCACCAGCGCCGGCCUCGACCACAUUGAUCUUCAGGAAUGCCGCCGAUUAGGCAUUGCCGUCGCAAAUGCUCCAGCUAUUUUCUCCAUUGACGUCGCAGACCUUGCCGUUGGCUUGCUGAUUGAUGUUCUCAGAAGAAUUUCUGCCUGUAACCGCUACGUUAAAAGUGGGAGUUGGCUCAUUAAAGGGAAUUACCCUCUCGCCUCUAAGAAUGAACUAAUAAUCGAUGGUGGUUACAGCUGGGAGGGAAGAGGGUUGGAAUAGUAGGGCUGGGAAGCAUAGGACAACAAGUGGCAAAGAGGCUCGAAGCCUUUGGGUGUAUCAUCUCGUACCACUCCAGGGAGACAAAGAAGCAUUUGCUGCCCAGCUACACCUUCUAUGAUGACGUGCUUCAACUGGCAAGAGCAACAGACGUCUUGAUCAUCUGCUGUGCAUUGACCGAUCAAACCCAUCACCUUAUCGACCGAGACGUUCUUCUGGCUCUGGGGAAGCACGGAGUGAUUGUCAACAUUGCCCGGGGAGCGAUAGUACACGAAAAGGAGUUGGUGCAGUGUUUGUUGGAAGGAGAGAUCGCCGGGGCCGGGUUGGAUGUGUUUGAGGGUGAGCCUCAUGUUCCAGCGGAGCUAAUUGGGUUGGACAACGUUGUCCUCUCACCACAUUAUGCAGCUUUCACCCAUGAGUCCUUUGCCCAAUCAUAUGACCUCAUUGUUGGGAACCUUGAGGCUUUUUUCUACAACAAACCUUUGCUCUCCCCAGUUUUGUAUUGUUGAAUUAACAAGGUAGAUGUUGUUUGAGAUAACUUGUGCUUCACAAAAGUGAUUUAUUUUAGUGAUCAAAGUUCAUAUACAACGUGUUUAGUAAAAGUUUGUAGUGUUUUGAAUAUUUGUUUUUUUAAGGAGAAAGUGAUUGUGAUAUACUAUUGGG